AUGUGUUAUCCUAUGGUUAUAGCACGUUUUCUAAUGACAAAUGCAAUUAAUCAAUUAUUUGAACAUCAAAAUCAAAAUGCUAGUACACAUUUAAUAAUUGAUUAUCUUGAUUUAAUAAAAAAAAUGAUUCAAUUACUUCGUUAUUCAAAUUUAUUUGAUUUUGAUCAAUUAUUAAUUUCAACUCAAAUUGGAUCUUUAGAAAAAAACUUGUGUUAAUAUUACAUAUCUUUAUGUGAACAUGGUGAUCUACAUUUACGUGGUGCAUGUGCAAAUUUACUUGUUACACUAAUUCAAACAACAAUUCAUCUUUUAACACUAUCAUCAUUAUCAAAUUCUUUUAUUAAUCAAUGUUCACUUGUAUCAACUGAUUCACAAGAUAGUUCAAGAUUAUAUGUCUUAAUGAUAAUAAUGCACGUUCAUGCAUCUACAAUCAUAGGAAUUGAAUUAUUGAAAGAUUCUAUUCAACAUAGUACAAGUUCCUGUGUUCUUGCUAAAUUUGCUCUAGCUCAACUUAUAGAUGAUAUUGAUUUUCGAAUAUUAACUUAUCUUGAACAACAAUAA